AAAAAAAAAAAAAAAAAAAAGAAAACAACAAAACAAAAAAAAAAAAAGAAAAAAAAAAGAAAAAAAAGAAAGCAAAAAACGAAUGUGUUCUAUUUGAAUUAUGUAAUGUCCUACAGUCUAUAUAUAUAUAUAUAUAUACAAUUAUAUACAUUUUCUGACAAACAUUUUUUGUAUAAACUUUUAUGCUAAUAAGAAAUGAUAUUUGUAAAUAAGUUAUAAAAAAUCUCGUAUGUGUUUUAGGGGAAAAUCAAUGUACGUCGCGUGCGAACAAAUGUGUCUAUAUAUUAAAUAAUGUUUGUAAAAGUUACAAGCCAAUGUGAAAUGUACAUAUAAUAUGUAGAAUCCAUAGUAUAAUGUAGAUAGUGCGAUAAUGUUAUAUACAUAUAUAUAUAUAUACAUAUUAAAAAUAAUAGGAUAUAUCUUAGUUAUGGCUUGUAGCAGUGAUAGCAGUGAGGAGGAGUUCUGAGAAAAAAAUUCAUUUUAAAAAGAAAAUAGUUGAAAAAGAAAAAAAUGCCGUUUCGUUGUAAACUUCACAAUCAAUCUAUCUUCUUUUUCUUUUUCUUGCGUAUAAUAUCAAUGAUAUAAAUGUAUGUUAUCAAAUUUUUUUGUUACUUGUCACGAUACCACGAUCUGCUUGGAAUACAGAGUAUUUUUUAAGUCAGCUUUAUUUAUAAUAUAAAUAUAUAAACGUAUAUGCAUAUACAAAUAUAUAUGUAUAUAUAAACAUAUAUAUAUAUAUUUAUAUAUAAACAUUUGGUUUAAACAUCAAAAACAUUUACACAUGAUCUUUUUCUUAUAUAUCUGAAGAUAUCUGUAUUAUAUAGCAUUUUUUCUUUUUUUUUUUCUUUUUUUUUUUUUUUUAAUGAGUCGUUUAGACCAAUCAAGAAUGAGCGUUUUAAUGGAUGGACAAUCUUGUUUCUUCAAAUUAAUUCAUCGUCAUCCGUCUUAUCGAUGAAAGAAGACGUGCGUAUAAUUGAUGAAGAGCUUGUACUCGUCGUAUAAUAAUCGUAAUACGAAAUAUGGUUUUAAUAACUGAAGUUGAAGAUCGGAAGAUCGUGAAACCUUAUUUGGGUGGAUGGCGAAAUAAAAUCACUGGUAUAGAAUAUUUGAACGCAGUAUCACAAACCGGACCACCAGCUAAAAAUAUUUCCUGGGAUAAUUGCUGUAGCAUUGCCGUUCAAACGGUGGAAACUAAAGAUGGAACAACACAAUCGUCGUAUAAUAAAACCACACAAAUGUGGCGAACGGAUUGUAACGUAUCGAAUAUAAAGGACAAGUAUAUGACGCCAAAGUGUUAUGAGCCAUACGAUGAAAUACAAUGGCGUCUCGAUCUUAAUCAACGUGCGAGGAUUAUUCAAAGGAAUUAUCGGAUAUAUAGACUUUUGAAAUAUAUGAAGGAAUGUGCUCGACAAUAUAGAGAAAUAAUGAAAGAAUGUAAAAGGCAUCGGGAAGAGAGAAUCAUUAUGUACAGAAAAAGACACGAGCAGGAACUUUUACGAAAGAUUAAUCCACGUUCAAGAGCAGAUUUUAAUAUGUUGUUUGAAUUAAUCGAACGAUGGAGACGUGAUCGUAAAAAGGAGAUAAAUGCACGUUAUUUCAAAGGUACUCAACGUGCUGAAAAUUGUUUCAUUCUUAAUAAAACCGUGGAAAUGUACAACGUUAUUGAUAAAUUUAAACAAAGGAUAAGAGAGCAAUACAGAACGAGGAAACGUGUUAAAUUUUUAAAGAUCAAUUCUAAGCCUAUACAAUGGCACGGAUAUAAAGCAAAACUCAUAGAAAUGAUCACAUUGAAGACACAAAAGGCACGGGAAUAUUUGAGUAUAUUCAAUUCGUUAAGUAACGAUAAUUUGAACGUGGAAGAACGAAUGGAAUUGUUAUUGAUGUUGAAAAAAUCACUCGGAUUUCACAUCUGUAUCUGCGCUUUCGAUUUGAUUUAUCUAUUGGACCAAGAGAUAAUGUUAUUGUCGAGAGGCAUAAAGAAUUUAUCUCUCGAAUAUUUAAGAAAGAGAAUACUAUGUGAUUAUUUAAAAUUCGUUGCCAAUUCUGGUACUUGUGCUUGCACGAAUAUACGUAAGGGUUUCAAAGAUGAUCCCGAAUGCGAGGAAUUUCGUGAACCAUUAGAGAUAAAAACGAUAUUUUGUAAAAGCUGUAGAAAAUUACUUCCGUGUAAUAGAUUUUCAGCUCACAGUGGAUUGAAAAAAUUAACGUCUUGCACCAGUUGUACGUUGUUGAAAGAACAGAAUUACUCUUACGUUAAUUUCGAACCAUACAUUUUUAUUUUAAAUUACAUACAAGCCGAAGAGAAACGAAGAAGAUGUUUCUCGUCGUUGGCAUUUAUGAUGCAGUCGAAGGACAUUUAUUAUCUGGUUAAUAAUAUCUGGCAAAAUCAUUCGAUUAUAAGUAAAAAUAUUGAUAUUUACUUAUUAAGAUUGGUCAGAUACAAUAAGUGCGUUGAAUGGUCACCAUGGAAUUGUAUUCUUUUAACCGAAGAAGAGGCAGAGAUUCAUUAUUGUAUCGAUGAUUUUACCAAAAUCUAUUCGAAAUCACUAUUACAUCAGGUCUUAUUGAAACACUUGGCGGCGAAGAAUUAUUUCAAGUAAAAAUUGAUAAAAGAAGAUAAAAAAGAAAAGCAAAAAAAAUUAUCAUUCCUAUUGUUAGAUCACAUUGUAUCCUAUUUAAUCUUUUAUAUUAUUUAUUUAGACGAUUGAGCUACUACGAUAAAGAAUUUAGAGAAUCCUCUCGAUUUUACACGAUACAAGACAGAAAGGAUUACGUGCCAUUUAACAAAGGGAUUUAUCUCGAAGGGUACGAGUUUUAACGUUUUAAAAAAUUAUCAGAAUUCAUGGAUCUUUUUUUUUUUAAUAUUAU